AUGAAGAAAGUGGCGAGAGGCAAGAAGGAAAAUGAAGUCGCCGGAACUCCACCACUCGCCUACAUCAUCGCUCAGUGCCACCACGUCUCCGUUACUGUGAAGCUCCGUCGUCGUCAGCUACUGCUUCCUCUUGACCCCUCAUCGAACUCAUCGGAGCAGCAAGAAAACGAAGCAGUCGGAGCUACCGUCGACCGCCAUUACAUCCCACCACCACUGCAGUCAUCCACCAUCGCAUUUCUGCCAUUGGUAAGUCUGUUCAAGUUUCUUUUGGGUUUAAAGUCGUCCCACCGGAUACCUGCAUCUGGAUCUGUGGGCGGUGACAGGUGGUGGUGGGGACUGCCCACCACAACAACGGCGGCGAGUAGUGGUAGCACAGCAGCUUCGUUGCUUCCGUCUUCCCAAUACAAGGGUGAUCGAAGAGGAAAAAAGGAGCAAGGAUUGGGGUUUGUUUGGGGUUGCUCAGAUCAACAGAAAAGAAAAAGAGAUGGGGUGAGGCUGGAAUGGUUCUAUGGUGGGCGGAGAUGUAGUGGUUCACGGUGGAGUUUGGUGGUCGAAUAG